AUGCCUGUAGCUCGAGCAUUAGCAAACGUACAGGGGAACUGGCCAAUUAUCGCCUGGCCCAUUUGCUUGGCCAGAUUCAACUGUGCCGCAGAGCCAAGCUUUGACCACACGUCGCCUCUGACCUGCAUCCUCGUUCGCGCAUACAUUAUUGAUACAGUAUUCAAUACCGGGAAGCGCCAACACACGAUUGACCUUAGUUGUCAUUUUCGCUCUUUUCUGCUCCAAAAAUCAAUUCAUGAUGCAGAAGUUAUAUCGGCUGGGUCCAACAUUGGAGCAGAGUGGACCACAAGAUUUUUGUCCCCGUUUGAAGGCUCGAGUCGUUCCGUCGUUGCAGCGGCUGAGGUGGAGGACGUGUCCAUGUGCAUAUCGGGCGGCCUCACGAGGAGAGGAUGGAUGGACCCAAAGGGCCCAAUUGUGACAUCCGCUGCGACCAAUCUGAGUGCAAGAAAUGAUCAGCAGUUCGCCGGAGUUGACCCCAGGACUUUUUGGCUGUCGGCGUUCAUCGACAAAACAGAGAACAACCCCUACCGCUCCAGCAUGGCUGAAUCCGAGACCCACUCGGACAGUAUCGCUAGCCACCCCAGAUUUAGCAUAGAAAGGUGGGUGUUCGACGGACUUAACCACGGACUUCCCUACCUGGGAGGUGCAGGAUGUAUAAUCUGCGCUCUGCGCUGGUUGUUUGGCGCCAACCAUGCGCGCGUGCUCGAAGCCGCAGGACGUAUCUCUAUGAUAGCGUCUUCCACCAUAGCAUCCAGGACGCCCCUCGAGAGCCUUGCUCUGCGAACUCGCCUUGUCAUUCGCAUAUUGUCGACGCAUAUUGGCAGCAUGUCAUAUCCAGCACUCACACAUGGUACAGAGGUGACCUCGUGGAUACCAUUCACUACGCCUUUCACCGCCCCACAGUCCUGCUCAUCACUCUUCAACGUCUACGCGGCUGGCGAUCUCGCCGCAUUCGAUCCGGUCUGGGGUGUAUCAAUUGAUACAAAAGACAUCUGCCAGCCGCCUGCUGUUACGACAUGGAGGCUUGCAAAAUUUGCCCAGGAGGAUUUCAAACCGGCGCCUCAUCAAUCAUCGUCAAUGGAGCCAGCUCGACGACGUUGGCAUUCUGUUGUCCAAGGUAAACAACGCCAGAGACAUACACUCAGCAUGAGCAGAAGAGCUGGAUAUUCCGUCGCAAACCCAGGAACCGGCACGAACUUUGGCAACUGCCAGUCUGAGGUAACUGCUGGGCAAGUGAUAACUCUGGGCUUGUCACGCGGGAGUGGCUAUACGACCAGCGUCUCGACGGUCGCCUCGGCGAUUGACGUGGGCGCCAUUGCUGUGCAAGGCUACGCAAUUCCCACGACCGCGACUAGGACAUCGACUAGCAGUAGCUCUUCGAAAUACACGGUCAGGACCUUAGGCAGUAAUGCAUCCCCGACCGACAGUGCAUCAUCACCCAGCAGUGAGUCACCGACCAGCAGUGCGUCACCGACCAGCGCAGUUCCUUUGCCGACUUCCUCGAACAACGACGAUGAUCUUUCGACUGGCGUGAAAGCUGGCAUUGGUAUUGGCGCUGCUCUUGGUUUCAUUGGCAUUGUCGCGCUCAUAGUAGCUCUUGUUGUCAUCCGGCGCCGUCACCAAAAGCAAUCGAGACCGCAAGCUUCAGGACAAGGCGCGUUCAUCGAUCGGCAUGGUGAAGGGGACUGUGAGGACCAAAUCGGUCAAGAGCCAAAGAAGGGUCCGCAGUAUCCAAGCGACAACACGUGGAGCGAGCUAUCGUCUGGACAGCACAUGGGUGAGCUAGACGCGACUCCUCUGCCAGCUGAGCUUGAGGGAAACAGUGAAAUCAGACACGGCCGGCGCAUGGCGUUUUCCCGGGUCCCUCCGGCGGAGUGGUUCAAGGCUCGGUGGUAUCUCGAUGCUGUUCAUGGUGAAAGGUAAAUGAUAGCUGUGUAUGACUUGAAAUCAACCUGUGCCAUUUCGUAUUCUGACUUUGAUGCAUGCAGACAUCAGUGUCUCGAUGCACAUUCAUUUCCAUGUUGAGACCGUCUUGGUUUAGAUGUCGCACCCAUCUUCAUCGUGAUCAGUAGAGUGCAUGGUGAUGAGGCAAAAAGUUGACUGCUCAGCUAUAGCUCCCUCUCACGCAUGCAAGUGAGUCGACCCAUUCCUUCCUGUGCUCUGAGGCUUGGAUUUGGAUUCGGAAGCGAUUGCUCUCGACACCUCUCCGCUCCAGUUAGCAUCGGUCAAAGACAUUAGAAAUUCCAGCUUUUGAUGUUUCGUGUAGUUGGCCGGCUGGCUCUGGUGAGUUGAGAUGGAGGCAGGUAGGACGCC